ACAAAAGAAGCGCCAAACAAUUUGGAUCCACUUGGCUAUACGCAAAUAACUGUCCAUUCUCUCUCUUACGCUAAAAAGAUUUGGAAUUUCUGCUUCCCUUUCACUUCACAUUACAAUUUCAUUCUCACUCUCCGUUUCAAUCCACCCCAAUUCCCAUUUCAGAGCGAAGCUAAUUUACAUCACUCAUGGAUCGCCUAACCAGUGCUGCACGUCUCAUGAUAGUCUCAGAUCUAGACCAUACAAUGGUAGAUCAUCAUGAUGCCGAGAACCUUUCUCUGCUUAGAUUUAAUGCUUUAUGGGAGGCGAAUUAUCGUGAUAACUCUUUGUUAGUGUUCUCAACUGGGAGAUCACCUACACUUUACAAGGAGUUGAGGAAAGAAAAGCCCAUGCUAACCCCAGAUAUUACUAUUAUGUCGGUGGGAACUGAAAUAACAUAUGGUAACUCUAUGGUGCCUGAUGAUGGUUGGGAAGCUUUUCUAAAUAACAAGUGGGACAGAAAGAUAGUAACAGAGGAGACUAGCAAGUUUCCUGAACUCACUCUACAGUCAGAAACGGAGCAGCGACCACACAAGGUCAGUUUCUAUGUUCAGAAAGACAAAGCACAAGAUAUAAUGAAAACUCUUUCCAAGCGCUUCGAAGAACGUGGGCUGGAUGUCAAAAUAAUUUACAGUGGAGGCAUGGAUCUAGAUAUAUUACCACAAGGUGCUGGCAAAGGACAAGCACUUGCAUAUUUGCUUAAGAAAUUGAAGAGUGAGGGAAAAUUACCAAACAACACCCUUGCCUGUGGUGACUCUGGGAAUGAUGCUGAGCUAUUCAGUAUCCCAGAUGUGUAUGGUGUAAUGGUAGCUAAUGCACAGGAGGAAUUAUUGCAAUGGCAUGCUGCAAAUGCGAAGAAUAAUCCUAAAGUAAUUCAUGCAACAGAGAGGUGUGCUGCCGGUAUCAUACAAGCUAUUGGUCAUUUCAACCUAGGUCCAAGUACCUCCCCUAGAGAUGUUAUGGAUUUGUCAGACUGCAAGAUGGAGAACUUUGUUCCCGCCUAUGAAGUUGUCAAAUUUUACCUAUUUUUUGAGAAAUGGAGGCGUGGAGAAAUUGAGCAUUCUGAGCAUUACCUGUCAAACCUUAAAGCAGUGUGUAGACCAUCUGGUACUUUUGUCCACCCAUCUGGUGUUGAGAAAUCCCUCCAGGAAUGUGUAACUUUAUUCGGGACAUGUCAUGGUGACAAACAGGGGAAACAAUUUCGUAUUUGGGUCGAUCAAGUUUUACCUGUACAGGUUGGUUCGGACUCAUGGUUAGUGAGUUUCAAGAAAUGGGAGCUCUCUGGUGAAGACAGGCGAUGUUGCAUAACUACAGUCCUAUUAAGUUCAAAGAAUAAGACUGUCGCAGAUGGACUCACUUGGACCCACGUACAUCAGACAUGGCUGAAUGGAGCUGCAGCAAGUGACUCUACGACCUGGUUCUUUUAGAUUGUCAUCUCAGUUUAACUCUGAAAAGUCAGUACUCCUUUUACCAAUUCACCCAUAAUAAACACAAAAUACAAACUAUAUCAAUAUGCAUCAGUGGCCGCUGGUGGCUUCCGCUUCUUCCUGGCCCAUUCUUGUCUCACUCUUCUUCAUUGAUAAUCAAUGUAUAACCAUCUACAGUCUAAACCGUGAAGAUGGCUUCAUCUUUUGUAGUAUAAAAGUUUAUAUUAGCUGCAACAGUUGUACUAUUGACAGUUGUAGCUGUCAUUUCUUAUUCACACUGAGAUUGUUACAAAUUACUGCAUAGUAGCCUGUGUAGGUUGUGGUAUCAUCUUUAAGCCUGGAUUACAUGUAUGUUUACUACGUAAGUUAUAGUGGCUUAUAACA